AAUUCAGGAGGCGAAAUGAAACUUUCCCGAAUAAACGCGAAAAUGUUGGGAAACGAAGGAAAGCUCGGUCGCCCGACUCGCCCCUCUCUCUCUCUCUCUCUCUCUCUCCUCAGUUAUGCAGCUUAUGCUUAUUCUGUCUUUGAUCAUUGAAAUGCUGGGAAAAUCAUAGAAAUUUGGGACGAAUCGAACGAUCAUAGCCCAGCUCGAAAACCCAGGGCUUCAAUCGAUCAUCACAAGUUCUGAACAAUGUCGGACUAUAUAUCAACUGAAAUUUUAGCCGAAAUUCUCGUAAGACUGCCCGUAGAAUCUCUGAUUCGAUUCACAUCCGUAUGCAAAACAUGGCAUUCCUUUAUAACAAGCCCUAGUUUCAUCGCCAAACACCUCGACCACACCAAAACAAACACCGAAAACCUUCUCCUUACGACUUACACCUUUAUUGACAACAGAGAGCGCUAUCUGUUGUGCCGUGGCGAUGAGUUCGCGGAACUGGUGUCUCCUUUGAGUACUUCACUUGGGCAUAGAAGAGUAGUGGGUAAGUGUAAUGGUUUGCUUUGUAUGGUUGAUACCACUUCGCCACCGUGUAUUAUUCUGUGGAAUCCAUUAAUUAGGAAAUCAUUAAUUCUUCCCAUGCCCUCUCUGCCAGAAACUUCUCCUCCGCCGUUUGUUUUGGGAUUUGGUGCCCACCCCACUACGCAUGAGUACAUGUUGGUGUUUAUUGUUUAUGAGAAGGCGGAUGAUCUGGGAAAAUUUCCUUCCAAGGUUGAGCUUUACACCCAAGGCACAGGAUCAUGGAGAUCCAUCUCUAUUGUUGAUCAUCCACAUCAGGUUGUGCGUUUUAGUUGCCUACAUGCUUUUGUUAAUGGAGCCAUACAUUGGAUUGCAAUUGACACGAGAGUGAUGAAUGGUCUAAGCAGUUUAAUAAUGUUGUUCAAUAUGGGUUCUCAAGCGUUCUCGGUGAUGAUGAUGCCCGCCACUCUGGUUAGUCAAAGCCCAUUGUGCCUGGCCAUCAUGGCAUAUAAAGAAUCAUUGGCGGUGUUAUGUCAUGGACAACUGGAGGAGGGUUCUUGUUGCAUAUGGGUGAUGAAAGAAUAUGGAGUUGCAGAAUCGUGGGCUAAAUUAUACAAUAUUACUCUUCCAGGAGUGUUGUACCAGACAGUAGGAUUAAGGAAAAAUGGUAAAGUUCUGUUAUCGAUGAGUGAAAAUCACAAACGGCUACUUUGGUAUGACUGUGAGACCAAAACUUUGACAAAUGCUGGAUAUACCGGGAGUGCUGAUGCAUUUACCGCUGAUACUUUCAUGGAAUCACUAGUUUUAGUGAAACCAUGAAAUGGUGUCUUCUAGGGGCAGUUGAUUCCUUUGCGAUGCUAUGCUUCCAAACUCCAAGAAAGGAAAGGAUAAAGAUGAAAUAGCAACAAUUUUGAAGAAUGCUAGUCUAAGCAAAGAUUUGAGAAACAAAAUCAAGAUGUCUACGUGUUCUUCCUAGGAGACUGAAAGUAAAUGACUACUUAAACCAUGUUUGCACCCCCAUUCUCAACAUUUUGUCAAUGUGCACGCAAACAAAAGUAAUCCUUUUGAUCGCUAUAGUAUGUACCGGCUAUUGAAAACUAUUUGAUGUGUGGCUGAUUAUACUAAUUAGGUUAUCUCU